GUGAGCAGCCAUGACGACAACAAUAACACUGAGGGUAGAUGGAGCGAUGGAUUCCAGGAUGGGUUCGCGAUCGGCUGACCUCGACUGCAGAACGAAGGCUCCUCGCUGUCUGGUUCGUCAUUGGCGAGCUGCCUCUCGCCCUCCAGACCCGCAGUUACGUGCAGUUCGUCAAGCCGCACCAAAUGCCCGCGAACCUCGUCGUGUCCUCCGAUAUGCCGAAGCAAACUACAAACCUGACGACUUUCUGUCCUGUGACGGCCUUCGUGCUUGCUGGAGUUUGGUGGAAUUUCGAGGCGACCCACUACUACAAAGCGGAGCAGGGCGUCGUCUGCCACGCUGUCGUCCCGCAGUACAAUCUGCACGGCAACUACUUCAUCGGGAGCUCCAAGACGACGCCGUACCGCACGACACCAUCCAGUUGCGACAACGACAGCUACCCAUUCGAGCAGUAUUUGUAUCACGGAAGUGUUGGGUACUAUUCGUUCUACGAGGGCGAGGUGGGGACGUACUGCGCCACGUCAAAGACCGCCUACAUCAUCGUGGAAGUGCUCGGCUCCUAUGAUAUUAACGGGGCGUUCUUGGCGAAAGACACGGGCAGUACCAGCUCGAGGAAGUCGUUCUGGUAUGGCAUUGCUGGAUUGACUUGGCUGGUGUAUCGCUUGCUUUUGAUCCGCCGGAGCUACGUGUCGUGCCGACGCUACGGACGAAGAUGCGACGAAUUAGGAGAGAGUCUCAGGUACUCGGAGGCCAUGCUGUUUGUGCAGGAAAGCAUCCGCUUAACUGCGCACGGAGCGACGAAUUACCAGCGCACAGCUCUGCUUUACCUGAUCGUGGAAGGAAUUAUGACGGACUUGUUCCUGAUCAUCGCCAACGAUGGGUGGAUGUCCCGAGUGCAGUACGCGUCCAUGGGCUACAACUUGUCCGGGCUGAUGUUGCUGCUGUUCGAGAUGCUCGAGAAUACGAAUCUGCUGAAGGAAAAGUGGCGGCUGAGGAUCAAGAGAACCUUCUUCAGCUACGAGACCGCUCUCGUGGGCGAAUUCGUCGGUGCGAUGGUGUUUCAGAGCUUUCUAUCGGGGUUGAAUGACUCGGACCUCAAGAGAUCGAAGGAGACUGCUCUCGCGGUCUCGUACUACUUCUGGAGCCUGCACCGCAGUUUGGCCGCGUUGUCGGAGCCUUGCUGUGUUGACACGGCGGUGGGGGUACGGAGUCGAAUCAGUCUUCUAACAGGCUACAGCUUUGAAGACGGUAAAUUGUUCUACACGGCGGCGGCUCUGAAAGGAUUCGGCAUGCUCAAGAUGGAGGAGUCCUCCAGGAGGACUACGUUCCCAGAGACAAUUUGA